UUUCCUUUUCUCAUUAAAGACAUUUGGCAAUUCAAAGCCCCUGAACCCUAGUUUGGGCAUCUCUAGUCUAAAAGGAGCAUAAAGCUGAUGCAGUGACUCCUGUUCUACUGCUGCUAAAAGUUUAUUGAUCACAUGGGUCUGUGUGUGUGUGUGUGUGUGUGUGUGUUUAAGCGUGCGGGUGCUCCUGAGCUGCAGGGAGGGUCUGCGAUGACGUCACUGCUAUUUCCUUGAGUGAAGCUUGAUUAUUGGUCGACGCCGUGACACUGAGCGCUUCCGGUUGAGGUUGCCAGGUCCUCUAACUUCUUAUCAACAAAAGUAUUUCCACCACCAGAGCUGCUGCUCACACAAUGUUUUCUGUUUUCCUGCACCACUCUGAGUAAACCCCAGUGGCUUUUUUGUGUGAAAAUUCCAACAGAUCAUUAGUUUAUAAAAAAAACUCCAAUCAAAUCCACCUGCAACUAAUCACCAUAGCACAGUUAUAAUAUCUAAGAGCACACCUUUCUACAUCCUAAAGAUUGAUGAAAACACAAGGUUCUUGACCUGUAUCUGCAUGAUUUUAUACUUGCACUGUUGCCAAGUCAACUAUGAUUUUAUUGACAUUCCAACCAUAUACAGUACAGUACAGUGUGUAACGAAAUGAUGUUCCCCCUGGACCAAGGUGCUGCAUAACACAACAUAAAUUGACAAAAACAACAACAAAAAUGCAUGAAUGUGCAAAAAAAAACAUCUUGGAAAAAACAAAAGAUGAUGUCUAAAGAAACAAAAGUACUCUUGAAACCAACCAUUGCUCUCUUGAACCACUAAGUCUGCAUUAUAGUGAGUUGAGUUACAUCUUCAAUCUAAUAAUCAGACUAAGAUAUGCACGGUUUUGGGUUCAGUUAUGUGUGACUUCUUCCACCCUUCACCUCGGACAGUCAGGGGGAGAACUGCCAUGCGUGGAACUGGUCCUUGGUGCAGAAAAAGGCUGAGGAAAGCAGAUGUGGGUGCUGGUUGUAGCUCAGUGGUUAAACCAUUGGGCUUUGGGUGUGAAGGUCGUGAGUUCAAAAGCUGACAAUUCUGGGCCCCUGAGCAAGGCCCUUCACCUCAAAACUGCUUAGGUGUAUAAAUGAGGUGAAUAUAAGUCGAUGUGGAUAAGCUCAUCUGCCAAAUGCCAUAAAUAAAACGUGUAGAGGAUCUCGGUGUUUGAUUGCGCCCCAGGCGGGAUUUUGUAUCUUUGACCAGGCAACCCUGAGAAUACAGCGCGUGGAGGUGAAAAAAUCCCCACCCGUAUUCGUGCGCGUGCCGACGGGAGGCCGUGACGUCGAGUGUUUUCUGUCUCGGUGUGAGAUCUCUCAGGUCGCGACUUCUUCUCCCCGACUCCAUCACGGGGCUGCGCUGAAUCAGCAUGGGCUUUCACACCGAGUGAAUACAUACCGAGGAGUGAACGGAUAACGCGCAGUCGGGUGGACAUGGCGCGCGCGUGUGUGAGUGUGUGAGAUGAUGUAGGCUAACGCUGGACUGUCAGCGUCCCUUCACACCGCGGAGAAGUUCCAGGUGCACUUUUGGGGGCUCUGCGUCCUCCUCCUCCUCUCCUCCUCCUCCUCCUGCUCGCAGGUACAGAGGUGGGAACCGUGUACUAUAAUACACACAGCCGCAAGGCGCCGCCGCCUGGAAGGAGAAGCUCCGAGCGCUGCUGCUGCUUCUGGUGUCGUGAGAGAUGAAGAGCUAGGCUGUAUGGAGGAUCUGAGGGCCUUCACGGCCAUACUGUUUACCCCUCCGGAGUUUCUCCAGCAAGCCGACAGGCGGUAGCCCUUUUGAACUCGUUUUCCCUGCAGGACUCUCUGUCUAUCUCCUUCUUUCUCUCUCUAUCUCUCUCUCGGGCGCCAUGGCGUGGGUGCUGAAGAUGGACGACGCCACGAUCGAGUCGGGACUCGUCCACGACUUUGACGCCAGUCUGUCCGGAAUCGGGCAGGAGCUCGGGGCAGGAGCCUACAGCAUGAGUGAUGUGCUAGCUCUGCCCAUUUUUAAGCAGGAGGACGGGAACGCCUCAGUCGAGUCUGAGAGCAAGAAUCCUCCGUUUCAAUACGUACUGUGUGCUGCUACCUCCCCAGCUGUUAAACUGCAGGAGGAGACUCUCACCUACCUAAACCAAGGCCAGUCUUAUGAGAUCCGUCUGCUAGAUAACAGGAAGAGGGAGGAAAUGCCUGAACUCAACAACAAGACUGUGAAGAGUAUAGUGAGAGUUGUGUUUCAUGACCGGAGGCUGCAGUACAUGGAGCAUCAGCAACUGGAAGGCUGGAAGUGGAAUCGGCCUGGUGACCGUCUCCUUGACAUUGAUAUCCCUAUGUGCGUGGGUAUCACUGAACCCUGCACCCAUGCCUCCCAGCUGAAUGCUGCUGAGUUUCUGUGGGACGUUUCCAAAAGGGCUUCUGUAUUCGUACAGGUGCACUGCAUCAGCACAGAGUUCACACCGAGGAAGCAUGGUGGCGAGAAGGGCGUACCGUUCCGCAUCCAGAUUGACACCUUCAAACAGGAUGAGAAUGGGGAGUACAUGGAGCACAUGCACUCUGCCAGCUGUCAGAUCAAAGUGUUUAAGCCGAAGGGAGCAGACCGGAAACAAAAGACUGACAGAGAGAAGAUGGAAAAAAGGAGUGCACAAGAGAAGGAGAAAUACCAGCCCUCUUAUGAUACUACAAUUUUGUCAGAGACUCGUCUGGAGCCAGUGAUAGAGGAAGCUGUGGAGCAUGAGCUUAAGAAGUCGAGUAAGCGCACCCUCCCUGCAGACUGUGGAGACUCAACGGCCAAGAGCAAGAGAGGCAGUUGUUCUCCUUGGCCUGAUAAUGCUUACGUGAAUCCAAACACCGCAGCCACCCCAACCUUCACUUCCAACACACACUCCUACAGUAACGCCGUUCCCGAAAGUGAAUCAUCUUCACCCAAGCACCAAGCUGAUUGUAGCCAGGUCUUCAUGGAGUCUUUAAGCCCAACAGCUACCAUGCAGGAGGUGCAGCAGUGGCUUCUUAAGAACAGGUUCAACUCCUAUAGUCGAGUUUUUACACAUUUCUCAGGUUCCGAUUUACUGAAACUGACUCGUGAAGAUUUGGUGCAGAUCUGUGGGCCAGCCGAUGGGAUCCGUCUUUACAACGCGCUAAAAUCAAAGGGAGUUCGACCGCGGUUGACUGUGUACGUGUGUCAGGAGUGUGUGAGUCCUCUGCUGGAGAGACGCUGCCACAGCAAGAACGGAGAACACCGCAGUCCCCCUGCCAUAAACGUUUACCAUGCGCUUUACCUCGAAGACCUGACCGCACAUGAGCUGACCAGAAAAAUAUCGAACGUGUUUUGCCUGCCGCUAACCCUCGUUAAUCAAGUGUACAGGCAGGGCCCUACAGGAAUACAUGUAUUGCUCAGUGACCAGAUGGUGUCUAACUUCUUUGAUGAGAGUUGCUUCGUUGUCAGUAUGUUAAAAGAUGAUACCAGUGACCGAUUCCACCUAGUUCUGAAGUAAAGGCAUUUUCAAGACGAGUUGCUGAUGUCACUGAUGUUCCUCACUGCCGUUCCUGAGCACUGAACAGGCUCCAUCCUUCUCUUUCUCCCUUGCUCUAUCUCUCUCCAUAUCUGCUGUGAGAGAGAUGGUGCAAAGGUUGGUCAAGGCCUUGUACCUGUUAGAAUCUGACUUCAGCGUAUACAUUGUUUCAUAUUGAAAACACUUUAACUGAUGAAAUUUUAUGUGUGAACAGAAGGGACAGCUCUGAAGCAUUUGUGGGUUUUAAAGAUUUAGUGGGAGGGAUGGAAGGAUGGAUUGAAAAAAACACGGUGCAGGGUUCUCUUGCACAGUCCGAUGAUGGGACCGAUGGGACUUGGUCACGAGGCUGCCCUCGAUUAACAAUCUGGUGAUCACACCAUCUCCACUUGAAUAGUUUACCAUGUGUAAUAGUGGCUGUGCUUGUUUGAUUGCCUAACGCACCUGUCUGUCUGAAAAGGACUGCACUUUUUUUUUAUGAUCUUUGUUUUUUUUAUUGUGAUUUUGUUUGCUCAUGUUUUGGUUUUGGUUUUUCUUGACACCCUCAUGUCUGCACAGAUGAAGUGAUUCCUGUGUGUAUGAUCACCUGUAGCUUGUUGUGAGGUAAAAAGCUUGGGCAGUGUUUUCAUGCAUAAAGCUUCCUUUCACAGAGUAAAUUAUGGUACUGUUUGUCUGCUUCUGCCGAGACCAAUCAUCUCUUGGUGCCAAAAUACUCGACUGUGUUUGUAUGACUCUGUAGGGCAACUUCCGAUUGGUGAUGUUUAGGUUGUACCAUUUUUUUUCUUUCUUUUUUUUUGUUGACCAUUAACUCUUUAAAUUAAUUAUAUAAUUUUUUGCUCUAGUUAUAAUGUUACAAAAUGGCAACAUGUAUUUUGUCAUUUAAUGUCUUUUUUUUGUUCCCUUUUUCUUCCCUUAUUUGAGACUGUUGUGGUUGGUUGGCUCAGUAGCAAUGCAUUGGGCAGCUGUGGCAUGUACUGUGCAUAUUUUUUUUUUCUUUGUUUUUUACCACUAAGCAUGAUGGGCAUGACUGUUGCCCUCUUUUAAUUGUAGGAUGAAUGACCAAGUCUGCACUGACAUGAACAUACAGGAGCUCCACUCUGCUGUAUAUGCUGGUGUUCAACGCUGUUCAGAAUAAAGGUGUAGGUCGUGUGCACCCAUCGUUCACGCUCCUCGACGGGUGGAGAAUAAAAAAUAUGGUGAUGUCUCAGCCCUCUCGUCCUCUGUGGAUCAUAUGGACCGUCCUGUGUGUUUCCAUGAGAACAGUUAUGGUACAGCCAUAUCACUGUGUCUUUAAGGAAGCUUGUCAUGUAUUAUAAGAUGCUGGGAUGUACACACUUCAUGCCUGUACCAGAAAUAAAAUAAUUUUAAUAUA